AUGGAGUUGACCGUGAAGUGUGAACUUUCGACUCGCAAGGUGCUUGACAUGACUUCAGGUUCCGACACAACCUGGAACCUGGAGUGGCGUGCCCUGGCCGCAUGGAAGUACUUAUUAGCCAAGACCUCGAAGCUCGCUUGCAUAGCCGCACGGUCUUUGAGCACAGCAGAUGCUGGUGCGACACGAUACGACGAAUACUAUGCUUUCUCUUUGAGCGUCAAAACCGUGCGCAAAAGCGUCAAGAACGUCCAGACCGAAAAUACAUCGAUGGAGCAGAAUGCAGCACCACAAGGUCCAGAACACUAUGCCUGCUCACCGCGUGCGAAUCGAGAUGUCGGAUCGCUGUCGAUACGAGGUCGAAGGCCUGUUCGGGCAGAUACGCUUUAG